AUGACUGACUCGGCGUCGCUACCAUCACACACAAAUGUACGAGUAUCUGUACAAUGUACGUGCACUGAUAGAGCACUAGUUGCUAUGCGAGCGCCGCCCCACACCGCCCGCCCUCGCCCCCCGCCCUCGCCUCUCUCCUGCCCUCGCACCCCCACCCUCUCUGGCCCCGGGGUUACUGCAAAUACAAAUUUCAAUCAUACAAUAAAGAGACAACUUAUGUUUGCUGGAAAAAAUAUAUCCGACGAUAAGUUAAUAGUAAGCCCCUCCAGCUUUAUUUACAACCAUGAAUUUAGUCCUGAAGAUAACAAGGAAAUCCUUAGGAUGCCGCCAAGAUACUAUCCCCCAAGGGAGAGGCAAUUAAACCUCAAGGUGAUAGAUAUGAUAAGGCAGCAGAUAUACGCAACUCAGGAUAGGAUAAGGCGUUUGGACCCAGUGAUCGAGAAGUACAAAAACGAUCCCUCAUUUCGGAUGGCUUUCAUAUAUAACAGACUGCAUCAGUUGAUCAUUGAUAUGCGCCGCAUUUACACGCAGGCUUUACGAUGGCGCGAGCGGUCCAAGCGCGUCGUCGACCACAUAAUAUGGUAUAGUCACUGCUUCCGAAAGUACAUCGACGUAUUGUACAUAGUGGAGUACGUCAUAGCGGAGCAUACUAAAUACUCCAAGAUGUUUAUUGAAGGAAAA